AUGAUUAUAUUAAACUUCAAUAGUUCUUAUUUUGUUUAUACAGAACUUUUUGAAAUGUUUUACUGUUAACUUUGAUUCGGCGCUAUUACAAAUACAUUUCAAUCGUAUUCAUGUUUGAAUUAUAGUCUUAUUAGUUAAGUUUAGAUUAUCUAAUUAUGGCUGAGUUAGUAUUGGAUAUCAAUAUUCGUGGUUGGGUGUUUUUACCUAUCGUAUUAAUCACAUUCCUCGUCGGUGUUAUUCGACAUUAUGUUUCGUUAUUAAUUACGUCUCAAAAAAAAGUCGAACUAACACAGGUACAGGACAGCCAAGUAUUAAUUAGGUCACGAAUGUUACGUGAAAAUGGUCGAUAUAUAUCUAAACAAGGGUUCUACAUGCGUCGUCAUUACUUCAACAACGAGGAAAAUGGCUACUUUAAGACACAGAAACGAUCUGCUCCCGCCCAAACUGCUAUGCCGGAUCCAAGCAUGAUGACUGAAAUGUUAAAAGGCAAUGUGACCAAUGUCUUGCCAAUGGUGGUCAUAGGUGGAUGGAUCAAUUGGAUGUUUUCAGGAUUUGUUACUACCAAAGUACCGUUUCCUUUAACCCUACGUUUUAAACCAAUGUUGCAAAGAGGUAUUGAAUUGGUUUCAUUGGAUGCAGCCUGGGUAUCAUCUGCAUCAUGGUAUUUUUUGAAUGUUUUUGGGCUUCGAAGUAUAUACGCUUUAGUUUUGGGUGAAAAUAAUGCUGCUGAUCAAUCACGUGUAAUGCAGGAUCAAAUGUCUGGCGCUGCAAUGUCCAUGCCUAUGGAUCCAAAAGUAGCUUUUAAAGCAGAAUGGGAAGCAUUGGAAAUUAGUUCUCAUAAAUGGUCCCUUGCAGAUCUCGAUAAUGAAGUGCUGAAUGUCUUAAUGAAUAAAAGUAUUAAAUAAUAAUUUGGUGAUCAAAGA